AUGGCAACCUAUAGCAAUAAGAUUCCUAAGGAUCUUGUAUUGGAAAUUCUAGCAAAAUUACCUGUUAAGUCUUUGAAGCGAUUUAGUUGCGUACAUAAGUCUUGGCUAAAUUUACUUGAGAAUUCUGAUUUCAAGAAUAUAUACUACGAGAAUUUAAAAUCUAAAACUUCUUAUUCAUCGUCUCUCCUUCUAUGGAGAUAUUUUCGUGACGAAAAAAGUGAUGGAGACGUCUAUGAAAAUGAUGUGCAUUUGCUUUCUGGAAAAAGGUAUGAAAACAUGGUUACGUUAGUUUUGCCAAGUCUGUUUGAAGAAAUUGGUUUUUAUAGAGUUAUAGACUGUGUUAAUGGUAUCAUAUGUUACUAUAAAGAAGAGGUUCUUAAUGUAAAAAUAGGACUUUGGAACUCCAAAACUGACGAACGUAAAUUUAUUCCGCCGGGUAUUACUGAUGAUGAGCCCGACUUUGAUCGGCGUGUAAGUGUUCAUGGAUUUGGUUAUGAUAAUGUGAAUGAUGAUUAUAAAGUGAUUCAAUGUGUAUAUUAUAUUCAUGGUCAAACUUUUGUAGAAGAGCCUGUUCUAACAAUUUGA